GAGGAGGAGGAGCAAAAUUACCGAAAUGGGUCGUGGGAAGAUUGAGAUCAAGCUGAUCGAGAACCAGACGAACAUGCAGUCCUCCACUGACAAAAUCCACAAGUAUAUUAGCCCUACCACUACGACCAAGAAGAUGUUUGAUCUCUACCAGAAGAAUUUACAGAUCGAUCUAUGGAGCUCACACUAUGAGCUUUCAAUUUGCAUAAGCUUGCCGGCGAACUCCAACCCAAUCAUUCUACGAUCUGCUAUUUCCGAUGCGGAGGUCUUGGAGUCGUUUGUGAUUUUGUUUCUUGUGUUUUAGAUUCUUUCAUC